AUGAGAGUGUGGUAUAUUGUGUGUGCGUCCGUGAUCACAUUCUUGGCCCAAAUUUCAGGCGUUUAUGGCUGGAAUGAGCUGUGCCGUGAAGCUAUAGAGUCCACUGCUAUGAGCGCUAUCACCUACAUGAGAUUGAGAAGACUCAAGGUCAUACUUAAGGGCUCAGAUUUGGUAGAUUAUACGUGGUGGGGAGAUGAAGUACUUAAAAGGAUACCAGAAUCGUAUCCUCUUCACUAUCAGUUCCAAACUGAUACCACAUGUUCCUCCUACAACUUUACCUGCGAGAAUGGUCUCUGCCUCGUCUCGGGUGUUCGCUAUUUUUUCUACCUCUUAAUGAAUGCUGGAUAUGCCAUCAACGAUUCCACUCAACCAAAUUUCCAACAACCUGAGUUUAAGUAUCCAAAGGAUAUCAAAUUUUCGCCCUCCGAUUGUCUAAAGUAUCUAGUCGUAUUGAUCUCAGAUCUUCACCAUCCACUACACUUGGAUUUCAAGGGAGCCGAUAGCAUUGGCAAUCUUCCAGUUGAUCUUACUGACUUUCCCGUUUGGAAGGAAAUGGCAAUGGAGAUUCUAGGUACAUAUGCCCCUAGUUUGAGUGCAUUUAUAAGAGAGGUGUACAUGCCAGAGUAUAUUAGAAUGAACGAAAAUGCGUGGUAUGGAUCAUGGACCCAUGUAGCAACGUUGGGAUCAAGAUAUACUACGGAACUAGAAUUGUUCAACAGGAAACUCACAGAUACAUUUGAAGUUUGGGCUGUUGAAACUGCUUCACUGAACUGCUCAACUCUCUUUUCAAGAGAUGAUGUUGUACCUAUGAACAGUAUACCUGGAUUUACACAUGCAAUCAAGUUUACUCAAGAGCUGGAUGAACGCCUAGGGUACCUCUUGAGGUUCCAAAUCGUACUUGCAGGAGCAAGAAUAGCUAUCGUCAUAAACUAUAUUCUCACACAUCGUGAAAUCUCAUACAACGAAAAGACAGGGCUUCUUAUAGAAAAGGAUCCUGCCAAAGAAUUCACAUGGGAAACUCUAUUAUUCUGUUUCCUGUUCUUGAUCUUUCUAUCCUUCUUAGUGGCCCUUAUCGUCGUAUUUGUUGUUGUAUCUAGAAUGUUAUAUAAACAAUGUUUGGAAGAAAAGUUCCGCAACUUUUUCGCCAAGUUUAAGCGCCCAAGGAGCCACAGAUAUAGUCCAAUCAACAGACUACCAGAGUGA